CCUCAGAGCGUAGAAACCCUUACCCGAGAAAGAGAGAGAGAGAGAGAGUGAGAGAGAAUGGGGAAUGCAGAUGUAGAAGUGGUGGACUUCGAGCCGGAGGACGACGAUCUCAUGGACGAGGACGGCACUGUUGACGUCGACGCUGCUUCGCCUAGGGCUCCUCUCCCAAAGCUCAAGUCCGCCAUCACCGGCGGCUCCUCCGCCUUCGCCGCCGCCACUGCUCCCAAGAAGACCAAAGGCCGUGGUUUCCAAGAAGAGUCUGAUGCCGAUCGCAACAACCGCAUGGCCGGUUGCUUCGACUCUCUCAACUCCGAUGGCGGCCCCAGUCCUGAACGAUCCAUUGAAGGAUGGAUUAUUCUGGUCACUGGAGUUCAUGAAGAGGCACAAGAAGAUGAUCUGCAAAAUGCAUUUGGCGAAUUUGGGGAGAUUAAGAAUUUGCAUUUGAAUCUUGAUCGUCGAACUGGAUUUGUUAAGGUUAGACAGUGGAAAAUGGGGUAUGCACUAAUUGAAUAUGUGAACUUUGAAGAAUCCCAGAAAGCCAUAAAUGAAAUGGAUGGAACUGAAUUGCUCACUCAAACCAUCAACGUUGAUUGGGCAUUCAGCAAGGGGCCCUUUAAAAGGAGGAAUAUGAGGAGAAGAUCACCACGUGGACACCGUUCAAGAAGUCCGAGGAGAAGAUUCUAAUCAUGCAAGGAUUUCUGGAUUUAUGUUGGAAUGAGAAACAAGAUGUUUGGGCAAGUUUUUUUUGGGUAAUUUGACUUGUAACUGAUUGGAUGAAUGAUUAUUAUUCUGUUUGCUGAGGUUCCCUUCCGUGGCCUCUUUGGCGGAUGUUUUUUAGGAUGUUUCUUCUAAAUCAUGUAAUAUGUUGCAAUAUUGGGUUGGUAUUCAUGGUUGUUUCUUGGACUAGCUUAUUGCUCUGCACUUGGACAAUCGACCUUUGAUACCAUUUUCCAGGAUCAUCUUGCACAUUGAUUGUGAGAAGGGUGUGCUUGAUUUUGGUUGUGCUUUUUUUUAAUGAAGACUUGAGAUGCAUCAUAGUA